CGAAGAGGAGAAUGGAGUCUCCCGACAGCCUACUGGAGCUGAUGUGAAACUGGACCAUCUGCUUCCAGUUUUUCUUUGCCUUUUCUCUAUCUCUCCUCUUUUUUUUUUUAUUUUUUAUUUUUUAUUUUUUAAAUUUCCUUCCCUCGCCAUCCAUCGUGGAGUGAAUUAUUCAGUCCCGCUCCGUUCCAAGAGAGGAGAUCAUGAUGGAGUGAAUCCACCCUGCCCGCCUUCAGGAAAAGCACAACGAAGAAACAACAGCGAUGGCCAAGUUGACAGAAUCCAUGACUAACGUCCUGGAGGGUGACUCCAUGGACCAGGAUGUGGAAAGCCCCGUGGCCAUUCAUCAACCAAAGUUGCCUAAGCAGGCCAGGGAUGACCUGCCAAGACACAUCAGCCGGGACCGGACCAAAAGGAAAAUCCAGAGGUACGUGAGGAAGGACGGGAAGUGCAACGUCCACCAUGGCAACGUGCGGGAGACCUACCGCUACCUGACUGACAUCUUCACCACCCUGGUGGACCUGAAGUGGAGAUUCAACCUGUUGAUUUUCGUCAUGGUCUACACAGUGACAUGGCUCUUUUUUGGGAUGAUCUGGUGGCUCAUCGCAUACAUCCGGGGAGAUAUGGACCACAUAGAAGACCCCUCAUGGACUCCCUGUGUCACCAACCUAAACGGGUUUGUCUCUGCUUUUUUAUUCUCCAUAGAGACAGAAACCACCAUCGGUUACGGCUACCGGGUCAUCACAGAUAAGUGCCCAGAGGGAAUUAUCCUCCUCUUAAUACAGUCUGUGUUGGGGUCCAUUGUCAAUGCAUUCAUGGUGGGAUGCAUGUUUGUGAAGAUAUCUCAACCCAAGAAGAGGGCAGAGACCCUGGUCUUCUCCACCCACGCAGUGAUCUCCAUGCGGGAUGGAAAGCUGUGCCUCAUGUUCCGAGUAGGGGACCUGAGGAAUUCCCACAUCGUGGAGGCCUCCAUCCGAGCCAAGUUGAUCAAGUCCAAACAGACUUCAGAGGGGGAGUUCAUCCCCCUGAACCAGACAGAUAUCAAUGUAGGAUAUUACACAGGGGAUGACCGUCUGUUUCUGGUGUCACCACUGAUCAUUAGCCAUGAAAUCAACCAGCAAAGUCCUUUCUGGGAGAUCUCUAAAGCCCAGCUGCCCAAGGAGGAACUGGAAAUUGUGGUCAUCCUUGAAGGAAUGGUAGAAGCCACAGGAAUGACAUGCCAAGCUCGAAGCUCCUACGUCACCAGUGAGAUCCUGUGGGGCUAUCGGUUCACGCCUGUCCUGACGCUGGAGGAUGGGUUCUACGAGGUCGACUAUAACAGCUUCCAUGAGACUUACGAGACCAGCACCCCAUCCCUUAGUGCCAAAGAGCUGGCCGAGCUGGCCAGCAGGGCAGAGCUGCCCCUGAGUUGGUCUGUGUCCAGCAAACUGAACCAACACGCAGAACUGGAGACCGAGGAGGAAGAGAAGAAUGUGGAAGAGCAAACGGAAAGGAAUGGUGAUGUGGCAAACUUAGAGAAUGAAUCCAAAGUAUAAAGCCCCAGACGUGACCUUUCCUCGUCUCGCAUUUCCUUUCUUUUCUGUCUUUUCUACUUUGUUCUUGAUUUAUUCAUAUUUAGUUCUUGACAUUGCCAGAAAAACAGAGCUUCAAGGUGUAAGAUAUCUACCUGCCCUCCCUCAGCUGUUUGGAUGGACAAGUAGAUACAGAUGUGGUUAAGGUGACAGGUACCCUCAUCUGUGGCCCGAGCCCGGUCCCCAAACACCAAUACUCAACUUCUAGAGAGUAAAGUCCUUACCUACAUGUGUUGUCCAACACAUCAGUCAAAAGGGGUCUCAAAACUUUGACCUGGGAUGUCACAGGGAAGGUCCCCCGGAGCCUAUUUGCCACGCAGAAAGCCACACAGAACAGUCCUGUUCUAAAGGUCCCAGAUCUUCUCAAGUAGCGCAGAGCAGGUGCUUGCCCAAGUGAAGGUACAGAGCCCAGGCGAGCCAACGACAGACCACUGUACAUAGAUAUGCCUUAUGUAAUUAUUUUCUUUUGACCGUUAGUAAUACAACCUGGCAUGUACAAAAGUACUGUAGUGCAGAACUUCUAAAUAAUGUACAUAGAUCUACCACUAAUGUAGUUUUAGAUACAUAACUUUAGAAAUAAGAAGAAAAAAAAAAGAUCCCCAAUGUACUGUAGGCAUUUAUGUUUUACUGUCUGUGUUUUCUAGUUAUUUUGAUUCCUUCAGUUUCUGUCCCUCUAAAUGCAUGGCCUUUGUUUUGGGUGCCAGGCUGACAACUAUUAGGGUACCUCUCUCGUUUCUUUGUUGAUCUUUCUGUUGACUCUAAUAAGCCAUAGAUCUGUGGGCAAUGGAGAGAGCCAGCAUAUGGCAAGUUCCACCACCAAAAUGCUGACACACGGUGACAUGUUUACAAAAUGUGUGUCACUUUUUCCAAAGAUAACAAGGGCCUUGCUGACUAGCCUGGGAGAGAGCACCAGGACAGGACUCACUCACCAGGGAAACCUUGAUAACUUUCCACUCGAGCUCUUGCCCUUUGGAAUACAACACUUUAGGAAACCUUUCUGCAAAACAAAAAAAAAAAACAGUGAUUUCCCCGGCUGUUUCACUCUGUAGUCAUGAGACACAACAGACUGUUAAAAUGAGAUACGAAAGUCGGCAAAAGAUGGUUUGGGUGUAAACCAUGAAAUUCAGCAAGGCAUGAGUGGGUGAAUGACAAAUCAUGGAUUUCUCACACUCUAAUUCCAUAUGGCACUGAGUGUGGUAUCUUGCUGUCCCUGGGGGAUUUACCUGUCAGCAUAUCUUGCACUGGGAUUUUUUUUAUCUUCUUCUCCUUCUAUUAUUAUUAUUAUUAAUUAUUAUUAUUAUGAAAUGACCAGAGUUUGGUAUUCAAAUAUUGGAUCAAUAACCUUUGUGACACUGACAACUCUCCCAAGAGUGUGUCACUACAUAGCAAGUCAAAUUCAAGUGUCUCUCCAUCAAAAGUACACAGGCAAAAGCAAACAAACAAAAAGCCCAGUAGCCUUGAUUCACUGCGCCCUUCAAAGAUGAGUAACAAAGGAAGGGAUGCAUUCUGUGCUAGUCACUUAAUUUAAAACUGAGAUAAAAAUAAGGAAAGGAAGUGAUUCCUUCCCAAAAUCUGGGGGCAGGUGGAGAUUUUGCACUGUAGCAGAACUUUUCCAUCCACUGCGCAUUUCUAAACGCUCUGUUCUGUGGCAUAGCUGUGCAUCGUAAAUAUUCAUCGAAUGGUUCCAAAUUUAUUUUCAGCUCCCGCAGCUGUGCUCAGUUUGAGACUUUGCACCAUGCAGGUCAAAGGGAGCAAACUAGCUCUUCCUCUGUUUCCCUUGCCAUGCCUGACCAGACUGCACAGGUCUUUGUUGUGGUUUGGGGACCUUGUCUCCUAAGAAGGACGUCCCAGAGACAAGGGAAGUGGCACCUCCAUUGGACUUCCAGUCUCUUCAGCUGCAGAGACCUGGUAUUGGAGCAACAACCAUUUCUUAGUGCUGACCUUGCGAAAAGCCAAUCUGUUGGCUGUAACCCUUCCCUGUCUGCCACCAUUUUUUUUUCUUUCUUUUCUUUUUGUCAUCGAUUACCUGUUGAAUCGUGUACUUAUUCUACGUUCUCUAAGCAGGAGGUGGUGGAGGAGGGAGCCCGAUACACUUCCUGGGAGGCUGUGGGAGAUCCCGCGGCCUGACCUCAUUCUAGCCUUAUGAAGGGCGCCCAAGCGUCACCAGGAUUUCAGGGUAGGGCCUGCGUAGUGCGGAGCAAGCUGGAGAGGCCUGCGGAUGUCCAGCUUAGCUCUCGAAGACCCACUGGGCCUUUUAAAAUCCAUGACUGAGGUUUGAAGGACAAGCAUUCCCUGUUGAUGGAUCGGAAGGGCAGCUCGGGAGCCCGUGGCUUCUUACCGGCUCUUUAGCACAACAGUACAAAAAGCCUGGGCACCGAUCACCUGUGUCCUGCCCACGGGCAUCAGCCUGUGUUGGGACAGGACACCCUGAGGGGACACCUCUCCCCUACAUCUCACAAGCCGGGUGUCAGUGUGGCUGGAGACAGAACCGGAACCAAAUCCUGCUUUUGUAACACGAGCUUUCAAGAAAUGCUCAUGACGGGCCUUUUAUUAGAAUGUCCCUAUCAAACGUGUCUAUUUUUCUACAGUUAUUGAGAACAUGGUUUAACGGUGUAUUUUGUGUCAACUGUUAAAAUUUGGAACUGAAAGAAGGUCAUUAAGACUGAAUUUUCUAAGCAGGAAGUAGUAAAUAGGGUUUUUCAUUAAGAUAGUUUGACAAAAAGGACCCCCAAUUUCUCCCCUUUCUAUUCUGCCUUUCCCAUCCUCAUUCCCACAGUUACUCCAUUAGCACAUGAAGUACUAGAGAAAAUAUAUAAAUAAGUCUAUUAAUGCAGUGAGACCCAUAACUUACGGAGGUCACUGCAUAUUUGUAUUUUGGAGUGAUUUGGCAGGUAUCAUUGGGUUGCUGAGCCAGAUAAGAGCUUGGAACUGAAGGGUGACAGUUGUACCACCAUGGACCCCAAUCUGACAGAGCAAAACUGCCCUAAAGAAAAGGCACUCCACCCACCCCAACAUGCUGGGAAGGGAGCCUACUCAUUUAUAGAGCAACAUUAUAAAAGAUUUGCUUGGGGUUGUCACCUGGGCAAACGACAGUCUCACACUGGCACAUCUGCAGCCUUUGUAUCGUCAGUUCAUUGUUUUUCUGUUCCUUCUAAACAUGACAUCCCAGCAUGGUCCCACUUCAUGUCCAUGAGGUGGAGCCCUCUCUUCCUCCUCCCCUUUGCUCUCUGCACCUCUCUUUUAUUCUUCCUUUACCUCUCUGGUUCCAAAUGUAUUGAUUGAAUUCUGUAUCUUGGCUUCCCUAACAGAAAUCUACCUAUUGUCUCCAAAAAUGUCAACCUUAAGCACAAUUUUUUCUCUUACAGGUUUAACCAAAAUAGGACUCUUGCCAUGCCUCCUUUUCAUUGCACUCUAAUUUAAAAUUUAAUUAUGACUUCUUC